GUGCACUUCGGUGGAAUGCAAGCUCCCGCACGACCAAUCCAAGGCUAUUACGACACACCUAAACCUCAGUGUCCUCCGUUGGACCCGAAACCUUGUAAACCAUCUGAUAAAAAAUCUCCUGCGUCUGAUCCCUCAAACUGCCCUGUUCAUCCAAUGGCAAGGACCGUCACAUGUAAACCCAGUAAAAAGGACCCAUGUAGCACUCCACGUAGAAAAGAUCCUUGCGCCCCGAAAGAAAAAAAGAAGUGCGGCGUCAAGGGUAACACUAGUUUUAUAACCACAGAGGCUAAAUUCGAUGUUUCAUAUCUGACACAAUUUCUUCUAGACCCAAAAAAAUAUUUUUUGGAAACCGAUCAAUCUCUAGAAAUAUUGGAAAAAAAAUACCCUACCCUACUCGGACUUUCCGCAAAGCAGGAUCUUACAAAUCAAAAUUUCUAUGAAUUAUCAUUUGAUCCUGCCUCUAUAAGAUGUCCAUCACGAGGAUAUAAAAGAAGAGGUAGCUCAUGUCCGCCAUUGGGAACACCUCAUAGAGGAUAUUACUGUCCGCCCACGGAGAGUUGCCCAUCUCAAGGAGAUGGAGGAGGGGGUUGUUUUUGUCCACCCUGGUUUGAAGGUUUUGAGGAAGGAUAUGAAUGUCCAUCUCGAGGUGGUGUAGGAGACGGUGGGCUAUAUCAGACACUUAGUUGUGCCCCACCGAGAUGUCCUACUCAUGAUCCUAAAAAGGGAUGUCCUCCUAAAGGAAGUUCCGCUAAUAAAGUCAAACCAAGAUGUCCUGAUGGAAGUGGUUCAGGAUCAGGAUCAUGUCCUCCACCAAAGAAAAAAGGUUGUCCCCCUCCUAAAAGUAAAGGAUCCUCCUGUGCUCCAAAGAAAGCAGUGUCAUGCCCAACUCCUAAAAGUAGUCAUCCAUGUGCUCCCCCAAAGAAAUCAUGUGCUCCUGCUACAAGUAGCAGUACCUGCCUCACUUCUAAAAGUUUUAAAAGUAAAUUAUCAUUAUGUCGUUCUCCCAAGAAAGCAGCGUCAUGUUCUCCUCCGAAAAGUCAAAAAUCGGGCUGUGGUCCCCCAAAGAACGUAGUGAAAUGUUCCCCUUCCAAAGAUCCAUGUGGUCCAUCAAAUAAACCACCGGCAUGUCCCUCUUCAAAAAAAAAAGAUCCUUGCGGUGGGAAAGGUAGUAAAGGUGGUGGUAAAGGCAAAGGAUUUGUAUGCCCACCCCCAAAAAAAGUUCCAGAUUGUCCUCCUAAGGGUAAGGGUAAAAGAAGAUCUGGUAAAGGAUUUGUUUGCCCACCCCCAAAGAAAAUACCGGAUUGCCCUCCUAAGAGUAAAGGGGGUAAAGGAUCAAAAGGAUCUGUAUGUCCUCCCCCAAAGAAAGUUGAGGGCUGUCCGCCACCAAAAGCUAGCGGUUGUGGACCAAGCAAAACCGAGAAGAAGCCCCCCGCCUGCAAACCUCGAAAGUGCUAG